UUAUAGUGUUGAAUAGAGGGAAGGCAAUAUUCCGAUUCAGUGCCACAUCUGCUGUAUACCUGUUAACUCCUUUCAACCCUCUUAGAAAAAUAGCUAUCAAGAUUUUGGUACAUUCAUUAUUCAGUAUGCUUAUUAUGUGCACUAUUUUGACCAACUGUGUAUUUAUGACCAUGAGUAAUCCUCCAGAAUGGACAAAGAAUGUAGAAUACACGUUCACUGGAAUUUAUACCUUUGAAUCACUAAUAAAAAUUCUUGCAAGGGGCUUCUGUUUAGAAGGUUUCACGUUCCUCCGGGAUCCCUGGAAUUGGUUGGAUUUCACAGUUAUAACAUUUGCAUAUGUGACAGAAUUUGUGGACCUGGGCAAUGUCUCAGCGUUGAGAACAUUCAGAGUUCUCCGGGCAUUGAAAACAAUAUCAGUCAUUCCAGGCCUGAAGACAAUUGUAGGGGCCCUCAUUCAGUCUGUGAAGAAGCUCUCAGAUGUCAUGAUCUUGACCGUGUUUUGUCUGAGUGUAUUUGCACUAAUAGGGCUCCAACUUUUCAUGGGGAACCUGAGGCACAAAUGCCUGAUUUGGCCACCUGACAAUUCUACUUUUGAAAUAAACGUCACUUCCUACUUCAAUAGCACAAUGGGAGAAAAUGGUACCUAUGUAAAUACGACAGUGACCACUUUUAACUGGGACGAUUAUGUCAGUGAUGACA